ACUGAUACUGAUCCCGUGAGUCAAGGGCUAAACCCUUGAUGCAUUCAUCUGCAACACCCAGGUACACCUCGUUAUCCGCUAUAAUAUCAUGGGGUAACUACUUACCACGUGGACUCACGGGCCAAAUUGCAAAAUCAUGAGCCGCCACGCAGGAUUGCUCCUGGAGGAUGUAGCGUCACGUGAAGCUCGUACCCGACCGGCUCAAAGUGGGUCAAUCUCACAAGCUGCUCGUCAAGCGAUCGCGCUACAUAAAACCACAUUCCACAUUCAUCACAUCGCAACAAUGUCUCAUCCUGAAACAGAUCUACUAGAAUCGCUGACCUCUGAGCUCUCUCAGCGGCUGAAGGAUUAUGAAGAUCAAGCCUUGCUCGAGAUGAUAAGGCCGAAUCUUGCGUCUCAGUUUGCGCAGGAAGCUCCCGAGUUGGCCAGAUUCCGAGAGGCCAUGGCGCAGAACAAUUCAAUGGAUGAUAGGGAAUUCCUACGCAUCUUCCGAGAAUUCAUUCCUAUCACAAACUAUGAAGUUUACAGGCCGUUUAUAGCAAAGUUUUUUGUGACCCCUUGCAAGGAGGCCGACGUCAAGAACAUGUUCGCCCCAGGACUGCCCUACUUCUUUGCCAUGUCUAGUAUGACAUCCGGCAAAUCAGUAAAGACAUUUCCAAGAUAUCGGCCUCCCCCGCACUUGUUGCAAAACCCUCUUUAUCUGGCGCUUCCCCCAUCAGAGGGAACCACCUUAUCGCCAGCUUCCAUGAGAUAUUCACAACUCUUAACAAUAGAUUGCGAGGACGGUCAGUCCAAGCAGGUGACAGUCUGCUCGUUGAGCAUCGGCUUUCUGAGGAUGGCGCUGAACUGGGACGCCGAGCACGACAACGAGAGGCUCGACUUAUGGCUGCCGGGGCAAACAGAUCCAUACGCGAUCUCCUUGGUCAAGAGCUAUCGCGCAUUCUUUGUCCUAAAUGCUCUGUUUGCACUGGCAGACUGUCGGGUGACGACCAUCCGCUUCUUCUUCGCCAAUGUAUUCGUCAUUUUUUUGCAGUAUAUAGAGGAUGAGUGGUCUCUGCUCAUCGACUGCAUCGAGAAGGGUAUCAUCCCGGAUGUCGAAAACCUAGGUCAUCUACGAGCACCUUUGGAGAAAUUGUUCAAGCCAAAUCCUCUUCGUGCUGCCGAACUUCGGGAAAUCGGACCCCCUGGCAUCCAGGGUUGGGCAGUGCGCGUGUGGCCUCACUUGGAAAGGUUCCUUGGGAUUACUGGAGGCCCGGCUGCUACAGCCGCUUCUCAGCUUACUCACGUCCUCGGGCCUUCCAUCCCCACGCAGGCUACUGGUUAUGGCAGCUCAGAGGGUAGCAUGGCCCUACCAUACCACAAAAGCAACCCUAAUACUGACUACAAGGUGAUGUUUGUGGAUGUGUUGACCGAGUUUCUGGACGUCCAUUCCAACGAGUCUUCGGAGCGUGUAUUGUCCAUUCAUGAACUUGUGACUGGAGGACAUUACGAGCCCGUCUUGACGACUCGCAAUGGCUUGUGGAGAUAUCGCAUUGGUGAUGUCGUCACAGUUAAAGGCUUCGCUCCAGAUGACGGAUUGCCUGUUAUCAGUUACCUUCACAGGCGAGAAGGCGGGAUUGUGAUGGCAUUUGGCACGACGUGCACUGAGUCGCAAUUGACGAAUGCGAUCGUCUCUGCCGCCAAUCGAUGGAUCGGCCAAAUCAUAGACUUCACUAUUGUAGGCGAUGAUCGUGACACUCCUAUCACUUACGGGUAUUUGAUUGAAAUUGGAGGUGAAAUAGGAAAAGACGCGAAGAUGGCAAAGCAGCAAACUUUUGAAGACCUCAUGGCGGCAAACGACGAGUUUCGCACUGCUUUCUGGCAAGGUCGAGCAAGAAAGCCGACCAUUCGUCUCGUGGAGAAAGGCACAUUUACAGAAUACCGUCAACAGAAGUGUAACAAGACGAAUGUCUCGAUAUCCCAAGUGAAGGUUCCUGUCGUCCUUUCUGACCCGACAUUUAGAGAAUGGAUCCUGCAACAAGUUGUAAUUGAGCUGUAAUAAAGUCUGAUCGAAAUUUAUGUAUCGAACUAAUUCAGCCUCUGCUUUCGAUGCCAAUUCUUCCCUAGAGAUACAGAAAGGGAACGACUAAGAU